UACUACUGUACCCCUGAUAAUUUGGUCAAAUAACCGUGUGUGUCUAUGUGUACAGUAGGUGACAUGUCCAUGAUAGCUAUCUAAUAACUAUAGUUAUGCUAGGUAAUGGUUUGGCUUAUCAUGUUCAUGUCUAUGUAGAAGAAGACUGUAGGAGGAAGUGGAGAGGACUCAGGGACAGGUAUCAGAGAGAGAGAAGGGCAGAGAAAGAGAAGAAGAGGUCUGGGUCAGCAGCUUCAGGCCAGCAGCCUUGGCGCUUCUGCCACAUUCUUUCAUUUCUGGAUCCAUUUAUUGUGCCUAGGGCAACGAGUGGCAAUUUUAAAGCCAGACCCCUUACGUCAUCCACAAGUGUUGUCGCCACCGGUGCAUCAAGACCCUCAACAUCACCUACAAGUGCGACCAUCACCUCCACCGGUGUAGUGAGACCCUCUACAACAUCAUCCACGAGUAUGACCACCACCGGUGCAGCCAUGGAAGAUGAUGAAAUGGAGGAAGCACCUCUGGAUCUGGGACCACCUGAGAUUAUUAUGAACCUCACGGAAGUGACCACUGAGGACCUCGUUGAACAGGAUGUGGCCGUGGAGAGAAACGGAGAGAGAAACGAAGAGGAACAACGUCACACCAGGCGUCAUCGGAGGUACCAGCCCCCAGAUCCACUCAACUCAUUUCAGCAGAGGCUCCUCCAAGCCGUCGAGAGGGAUGCAGCCCAACCUGAUGCUCACAGGAAGGAGGAUGAAGAGACCCUCUUUGCCAUGAGCCUGGUGCCAACACUGAAGAGGCUGCCUCAGCAAAGAAAAGCAGCAGUCAAGGUUAAAAUGUAUCAGCUGCUUUUCGAAGCCGAGUUCAAUGAAAUGGAGUCAAUUUAGCCGGCCAGCUCACAGGAAGGACAGGAAGAGGAGAGGAAGGACAGGAAGAGGAGAGGAAGGACAGGAAGAGGAGAGGAAGGAC